GACCCCGCGAGGGGACGACGACGCGAGCGGGCUCUGGUGACAUGGCGCAGUGGGCUCGGCCUGCUAUCCGCGCGCUCAGGCUCUGGGGCCCGAGCGGUGAGCUGGCCUGGGCCCGCCGGCUUCGUUCUGCAGGCGGAAGGCCGCCCACCCGUCUUGCUGCGGGUGUCUCGAGUGUCUCUGGAAACGGAGGCGACAGUGCGAAGGAGAAGCUCUCCCUGCAGGACGUGGCCGAGCUGAUUCGAGCCAGGGCCUGCCAGAGGGUGGUGGUCAUGGUGGGGGCUGGCAUCAGCACGCCCAGCGGCAUCCCCGACUUCAGGUCUCCAGGGACCGGCUUCUACAGCAGCUUCCAGCACUGCGACGUCCCGUACCCCGAGGCCAUAUUUGAACUCACCUUCUUCCUCCACAACCCCAGGCCCUUCUUCACGUGGGCCAAGAAGAUGCACCCGGGGAGCUACCGGCCCAACGUGAUCCACUACUUCCUGCGGCUGCUCCAGGACAAGGGGCUGCUCCUGCGCCUCUACACCCAGAACAUCGACGGGCUGGAGCGAGCGGCGGGCAUCCCUGACUCGAGGCUGGUCGAAGCGCACGGCUCCUUCGCCUCUGCCACCUGCACCGUGUGCGGCAGAGCCGCCCCGGCGGAGGGCUUCUGGGCCGCGGUGAUGGGGGACAGGGUCCCCCGCUGCGCAGUCUGCACCGGCGUCGUGAAGCCCGACAUCGUGUUCUUCGGGGAGGCGCUGCCCCAGAGGUUCCUGCUGCACGUGGUGGACUUCCCCACCGCGGACCUGCUGCUCAUCCUGGGGACCUCCCUGCAGGUGGAGCCUUUUGCCAGCCUGUCGGAGGCCGUGCGGAGCUCCGUGCCCCGCGUGUUCAUGAACCAGGAGGCGGCGGGGUCCCUGGCCUGGCGCCCUCGCAGGAAGGACGUGCUGCAGCUGGGGGAGCUGGUGGACGGCGUGGACCGGCUGGUGGCGCUGCUGGGCUGGACGGAGGAGCUGAAGGACCUGGUCCAGCGGGAGACGGGGCAGCUCAGUGGCCGGGACAGAUAGGGCACGGCUGUCCCCCGCCAGCACUGGGCGCCUGGAGUCACCACCCGUUUCCGGGCAGACCUCAUGCCUGAGGACAGCUGGGGCAGGUGUACAAACUGGCUGACCCAGAACCUGGACCGAGGGGCGGAGCGUGACCCGCUGGCGCCGUGCCCGCCCUGUUCCCGCCGCGCUGCCCGUCGGCGGUACGGCCCGCCCGCCCUGCAGGUGCCUCUCCACGUGUGGAGGCUGUACUGCCCAGGCUUCCUUCUGACCCGGGCCGAGACCCCGGCCCACGCAGGCUGCACCCGCCGUGUCCAGGCCUCCUCCGCCUGCAGGGCAGCUCAGUGUGUCUGUCUGUCUGAGGCCUGGCCCAGGCGGAGCGGGCCCAGCCGCCUCCCGAGCGGGGCCUGGCUCCCAAGCCGUGCCCUGGGCUCUGCUGGCAUGUCGGUCUCCUUAGGAGGGGUCUCCUUAGGAGGGUGCUGUCCUUC